UAGACACAACGUUGAGUCAGUGAGGUUAUGUCAUGUCGCGAGGCAGCUUGAACGGUCCACGCGGCUAUUGUUAAAAUGUAUUUGUUUGUAGUUGUCUUUAUAAUAGAUAAAUAGUUACGUUUGUCACUCUGUGCCUUAUUCGAUACAUAACAUAAUUGACGACGAGUCACAGAAAGAAUCCACGCAAAAGUCCAAAAAUGUCGUUAAUUGGGGCCAUCGAGCAAUUUGAUCCUGCUAAAAGUGAUAUCACGUCUUAUUUGGAGAGACUUGAGCAGUUGUUUUUAUGUAAUGGAGUGGAAAAAGUCAAGGAAGUUCCUUUAUUGAUUACGUUAAUUGGUGGAGAAGUUUACAGUGUCUUAAGACUUAAUAGCUCCACAUCCACCAAGUUCAAAAACAUUUGAAGAGUUAAAAGAAGUUCUAUCGGAAUAUUAUAGUCCAAAGCGGUUAGUUAUCGCUGAAAGGUAUAAAUUUUACAACACAAGUCAAGAACCUACAGAGGAUGUUAAAAGUUUUGUGGCAAAACUAAAAAGUGUUGCUCAAUAUUGUAAAUUUGGUCAGUUUUUGAAAGAAUGUCUCAGAGACAGACUUGUCUGUGGUGUAAGGUCAGUCACAAUAAAAUGCAAACUCCUGGCAGAAGACGAUAUUUCCUUUGAUAAAGCAUAUGAGAUAGCAUUGUCAAUAGAACUUACAGAAGGUCAAGUAAGAAGAAUGGAACCAGAAAAUGUAGCAGCCAUCGAAGAAAAGUUAGAUAAAGUCAUGUUCAGAAAGCAGGAAGCUACAAUUAAGAAAGAUGGUGGUCAUGAAGCUGGUAGAAGUUAUGUCCAACGUAAGUCAUGCUUUAGAUGUGGUAAAAGCCAUGAUUCGUCAAAAUGUCCAGCCAAAGCAUGGCAAUGUUUUUUUUUGUAAGAGAGUCGGCCACACUAGCACGGUCUGUCGUUCGAAAGUUAGUUUAUUAGAAGAAGGUGAUAUACAAGGUGAAGUGAAGGAGGAAGAUUCAUUAUUUCUGGGAUUGUUGUCUUCAUUGGAACCAGAAAAUUCAGCUCCAGAGAAAAUAAUAUUAGAGGUAGAAGGUAACUCAAUUUUAUUUGACAUUGAUACUGGUGCCUGUCGCACAGUAAUUCAUAUACAUGAUUUUAAAAAGUUUUUGUCAGAAUUAAAUAUUUAUUCUGUUAAUUACUGUUUAAAGGUAUUAACCGGCCAGGGAGUAAAAAUUAUGGGAGAAACUGAUGUAUUAGUAAAAUAUAAAAACAAUUUUGUAAAAUUACCUAUAGUCAUUUUAGAAAGUAAGUAUAAUUUUACUCCUCUGUUAGGUAGAAACUGGUUAAAUGUAUUACAUCCUAAAUGGAGACAAAAAGUCAAUUUUUCACAGAGUGAAUUUGUUAGUCAGCUGGAAUUGGAAAACCUUGAAACUGCAAGUUUAAUAACAGAAAUAAAAAAAGAAUUUGAAUCUGAUUUUGAUGAGAAUAGUAAUUCAUUCAUUAAACAUUUUGAAAUUGAUCUAAAUUUAAAAGAAAAUGUACAACCCAUUUUUCAUAGAGCUUAUGAUAUGCCUUUUGCCCUAAAAGAUAAAGUUGAACAGGAAUUAAAAAAACUGGUUGAGUUAGGAAUUUUACAAAAAGUUAGUUACAGUAAUUGGGCCAGUCCUAUAGUAGUAGUUCCAAAAAAAUCGUCUGAGGAACUAAGAAUUUGUGUAGAUUUUAAAAAAACAUUAAACAAAGUCUUAGAUAGUGAUCAUUGUGCUUUACCCCUACCAGAAAAUAUCUUUGCAUGUCUAAGCGGACAUAAAUAUUUUACUGUUUUAGAUUUAAAAGGUGCUUACCAGCAGCAAAAGGUCAGUAAAAAUACACAAAAAUUAUAAGUAAUAAACACCCAUAUAGGCUUGUUUGCUUUCACUAGACUAACGUAUGAUAUCAGCUCGGCACCAGGUAUUUUUCAGUCGGUGAUGGAUAGCAUUUUGGCAGGUUUACAAGAUACUAAAUGUUACUUAGAUGAUAUUUUGGUAUAUGGUGAGUCACUUAAAGAUUGUUAUGAGAAUGUCAGAAAAGUGUUAAAACGUUUACAUGACUAUGAUGUAAAGAUUAAUAUAAAUAAGUGUAAGUUUUUCGAAACUAAAGUAGAAUGUUUGGGUCAUAUUAUAGAUGCCAAGGGGAUACAUCCUACUGAAGAAAAAAUCGUAGCAAUUAAUUCUGCUCCAACACCAAAGAAUGUAACUGAAUUAAAGUCAUAUUUAGGUUUGCUCAAUUACUAUGCGCCAUCGCAGCACCUGGUUAAAUGGAAGGGUACUACAAAUCUGGCCUCCACAUAAGUGGUCUGUAGCUUCGACAUGAUAGGUGUGAAAUUUUAAACGUUCUUGUUGUUGAUUGGAUAGGAAGAGUGGCGUAAUCUAGCCUCCAUGCUAGGUACAUCAUAGCCUCCAUACAGUACUUCCAAUAUUUAAUAUUUUAUUCAAGUGGACAAUAAAGGUAUAACACAAACAACUUUUGUUUCUUAAUUAUUUAUUUAUACAAUAAUGUGACAUUUUACAUAGAAAUAUGAGUAUUUAAUUUGGAUUAAAUAUAUGUUUACUCGUUGAAUUUUCCACCGUCUGCACAGAACACCUGAUGGGAGCCAUUAGACCUAACAACAAAACGCGAAAUAAAAUUUGGAUUUUAAAACUGUUGGAUAAACAGUACCUACAAUCAGAAAAUCUCUACCUUACAAUCAGAAAAACUUACUUAAAAAGUACUCGAUUACAAAAUAACAAAAAUAUCAAAAACACGACUGAAUAGAGAUAUAUUGCAUAGUCACUUUUGCACUUGCUGUAUUACAGCACGCGUUAUUUUGACAGUAGAGCAUGCGCAGAUGUGACAUUUGGCUUACGCUGCAUUAUUGAAAAUAGUGCCUGCCGUUAUUAGGAUGGUUAUUAGGGGAGUGGUUACGCUGUGCGGUAUUCGUUGCGCUAUUUUAUUUUCAGGUUAUGUUUGUUGUUUGUCUUUCAUUUAAACCAAGUUCAUUUGUAAUAAUUUUCUAAAAUGAGCACCUCAGUCAGUAGCAAACGAAAGAUUUACAUCUGAUGACGAUUUGUGUUUAUUAAAAUAAGUUUUAGGUCAAAAUCAAUUGACUUAUUCAGAAAAUUGGACGUUAGUUUAGGAAAACAUGAAGUGUACAACAGGAAAUUUUUUUAUUUUAAGAACACUCAAGGAUCAAUUUUGUUUCUCAUGCCCGAUAUUUGGAAGAGAAUUCAAACCUUCCUUCCAUUUAAAUCAAAUUAUUUAUUUUUAGCAUGUAAUCGGUGUAUGUUGUAUGUUCAUCUUUCAGAAUGUUAUGCAAGAUGAUAAACUAGAUGUCUUCAUCAUUAGCAUUGGCCAAAAUGAGAGCUUCUAACUAAACCUUGAUCCAAAAUUGCAUACAAGUUAGACAAACAACUAAACUUAAUUGAGCUGUAAAAAUACCGCCACCAAAAUGUUGAGCAAUAUCUGUAUUUAUGACACGUCUGAGAAAUGUCAGUUAUGUCAAACUAGCGCGGUGUAAAUAGCGCAACGUAGGCUGUGUUAAAUUUGCAAUAUCUCUCUAUUAUCAGCUUUUUAUGGUGACACAAACACAUCACAUAACCGACCAUAUAAAAUAACUGAACGACAACGAACGAACAAACACGAACACUGAACAGCGAUUCACAGAUAGCGCAGGAUUUGGCAAAAGUCAUGUUCCACCAAUCACAAUGCCGACAUCAGCGCCUCUGACAAAAUGGAAGGAAAAUAAAUACGAUUACAUGUUUUUUAUUAGAGUGCGCGGGGCAUGAUAUCGUGUUGUAGUGUAUGUCAACAAUGUCAAAAUUUCACAAAUUCAGACAAGGAAUUAUGUCCGUGGCCAUCAGCACCACACAACUUUUAUAGAGUAUAUAUAGAUUUUUUCUUUAAAUUUAAAUACACAUUUUUGAUUUUAAUUGAUCAGAAGUCAAAAUGGUUAGAUGUUAAAUUAAUGUCAAAUGGCACAGAUGCAUCAGAGACAAUAUCAAAGUUAAGAGAUAUGUUUACUAUAAUUGGUCUUCCAGUUGAAUUAGUCUCAGAUAAUGGACCUCCUUUCAAUUCCAGUGAAUUUGUGGCAUUUUGUCAAGCAAAUGGAAUAAAACCAGUGAAGACACCUCCGUAUCACCCUCAAAGUAAUGGUGCUGCGGAGCGUAGUGUUCAAAUAGUAAAGAAAAACUUGGAAAAAGCCCUGUUGACUAUUAAGAGAGAGGAAAUUAAUAAACAAAAUUGGUUAUUCAGAAAAUUCAAAACUUUCUAUUCUCUUACAGAACAACUCCUUCAACUGCUACAGGGAUUUCUCCCAGUGAAAGUAUUUUUAAAGUUCGUCCUAGAAAUAGAUUUAAUCUGUUGAAACCUUCUUGCCAUAAUAGUAAUCAGUCAACAAUCCCAAUCAAUAAUGGGCAUACCUUGUAUAAAGUAAAUGAAUGUGUUUAUAUUAAAAACAAACAAACAAAAUUAUGGCAGAAAGGUAAGGUGAUGAAAAUUUUAAGUUACUGUACUUAUUUAGUUUGUAGUAAUGGCGUAAUAAAAUUUACACAUGCAAAUGAUAUGAAAAAAGACAGAGAGGAAGAUAGAAUCCUAGAUUCUAACGAGACUCAAAAGUCAGAAACUCCGAUAGUGUGUAGUAAUAUGCCAGUAAUACGUGACAGUGUUACAAGUGAAUUACCAGUGAAUCAAACUGUGAGACACGAACCGGUUGAAUUAGAACCAAAGGAGCCCAUCCCAAGUUCAUCACAAGAAGAACCAAGUCCACCUCCAGCUAGAGAUGACACAUCCACUGAUGGCAACAUUAGAACACGUGCAGGGAGAUUAGUAAAAGCUCCCAUCAAGCUUGAUCUCUAUCGAGGGAGGAGAUGUUGUAUAUGAACCCGGCAUCGGGAUAGUAGACACAACGUUGAGUCAGUGAGGUUAUGUCAUGUCGCGAGGCAGCUUGAACGGUCCACGCGGCUAUUGUUAAAAUGUAUUUGUUUGUAGUUGUCUUUAUAAUAAAUAAAUAGUUACGUUUGUCA